AUGUCAGUUCUCUGUAAAGCGAGCUCAGCAAGAGCCCUCGCUCGAAUCCGCACGCAACUUUACAGCGCAAGUUCGUCCAGUAAUACCCAGGGCGUCAAGAGAAGUGCCCCGGAUUCGGCAAAGCCGCAUUUUGUCAAACAAAACGGCGAGCAUGAGGAACUUGAAGAUGGGCUGAAGGUGUGGGGGUAUAUGCCAGGUCAUGUCCAUUACAAGGUUCGAAGUAGUGAAGAUAAUAGCUCGCCUAAGCUCUCUCCGACACAAGUCAUAGCAUGCGACGCUGUGCAGAAGGUGCUGCAUGCUGUUCCUCCAAGGUCCAUAACCGAUGCCAUCGUCAACCACUUCCUGAACACGGUAAACUACCGUUAUAGUGUAAUAUACGGGCCGUCAUUGGCAGAGCAAUAUGUUCAAUGGUGGGCCGAUCGUAGUGCCGCCAAACAGCUUUCCCCCGAGUUCACAUGCCUACUCUUACGGAUAUGUGCAUACUCUGUGCAAUAUCUGACACCGUCGCUUCGCAAGAUGAUUGAGUUCGAACUGGCAUGUACUUCACAAACGCUCACCGAACGUUUCUCGGCCGCAGCAGAGGAACUGAGCAGGAGCUUUGAAGCAUCGAGGACAAGUAUUGAGCGGGUGGAGGAACAGUUCCUGAAGUGCGCCUGGCUGAAAUCGGAAUCGAAAAUCGUCGAAUCGUGGCAUACCCUUUCACGUGCUAUUCGCGAGGCGCAAGAAUUGGGUAUGGAUGGGGAUGCGGGUAUUGAUGAGUUGUCGGAGUUUGAUAUAGAAAUAAGAAGGCGAAUCUGGACUCUUCUUUACAUAUGGGAUUGGCAGAUGUCAGCGUGGCUAGGUCGACCAAACCUCAUCAACCAAAAGAAUCUUUCUUUCAAGUUUCCCAACCUGCGGCUCGACCAAUCGAAUACAGAACCGAAUGUUCUUUCACCUUUCGCACACAUGGCUCUGCAAGCACACCUGGGUCGAAGAGUGGCAACUGUGAUGGGCGAUGCGACGUCCAAAGCCGAUCUUUCUGCUCUGAAGGUCUUGGAGAUUGAAGACGAGUGUUAUAAGUUCAUUGACGAACUGCCCGCGAUUUUUCGUGUUGAGAACCCCGAUACUUCAUUCGACGAGGCGCAUCCAUACUUUGUGUUCCAGCGACACCAGUUGCACUGCAUCAUCUUCUUGACAAUGCUCGACUUCUUCAAGACAUAUCUUACGCGCGAGCAAGAAGACAAGCUCAGCGACCAGGAUGACGAGUUCCGAAAGAAGGGGAUCAAGAUCGCGCUCCGUCUGCUUGAGGUUGCACGCAAACUGUUUGAUCAUGGGUUUCCCAUUAACGCGAAAUUCCAUACAGUCGUGUUCUGCAUUUUCGAUACCGCGACUUUACUUUGCUCUGCCAUUAUCCAUGACCGCGAUCAUAUGCUACCUCAUCGCGAUGAGGUCAUGGACGUCAUUGAUAGUUCGCUCGAUAGGUUGUAUCAACUGAGCUUGUCCACGAAACUAGGCGCAACUUCGUACAACUUCCUCUUCAAACUCGUGCAGGCAACGCCCUCGCUUCGGCGGCAUUUGCCAAUCGGUAAGCGACAGAAGCAAUAUGGUAUCCCUAUAUCCAAGGGAUCGCCGCCGCCUCACGAGCCGGCGCCGGCGGCUAUGACGCGCCCACCAGGGUUGCCAUUGCCGUACCGGCCACCGCCAAUUUUGGAAGCAGUCAGCCAGCCAUCAGUUCCUGCAACUGGAGCCCUUACAACGAUGCCCAUCCAGGAUGCUCUCUCAUUCGACAUUGAUCAAUUUCUGGCGCAAAAUCCGUUCGGCAGCGUCGGCGAUCCUAGUGCCGUUGAUAUGGGUGGUAUGGAGCAGAUAUGGGCUUGGCAUGACUUGCAUCUCAAUGCAUAUGCACAGAGCGGAGGACAUAGUACUUCUGACACGACGGGGCAGGGUCCUCGAGGCUAG